UGAGUAUGUGUGUACGAGUGUGCUUACUUAUCUGGCCACAUCUGGAGAACAGAGGUCCACUAUCACUUGCCACCACCUUCUUUGUUGAACUAAAUUGUACUAUUUCCUUUUGCUGUCCACAUUGGAAUCUUAUGCUUACAUUUUAAAAUUAUAAUAAUUGGAUGAACAACUUUUAGCUUGACACACACAUGAAUUCAAAAUCUGUGGUUUCUGGUGGUCUUUUUACAGGCUCUGACUGCUCUAACUGUUUCUUCACUAGUUGGUAUUUAGUGUGCUUGCUUUAGCCAGGCAUUAUCUGUGUAGAACAACUUUGGUAGAGUGAUGAGCAUACAAUAACUUGUGUGUGUGUGUGUGUGUGUGUGUGUGUGUGUGUGUGUAUAUAUAUGUGUGUGUGUGUGUGUGUUGGCAAACUAGAUAUGUAUACACACAGAGAGAUAGAUGACAAAUAGCUAAGUAGAUGAUAGAUAGAUGGAUGGAUAGAUAGGUAGAUAGAUAGAUAGAUAGAUAGAUAGAUAGAUAGAUAGAUAGGUGACCACACACCUUUCACUAUAUGAUGGUAUAGUAUCUCCCUUAGAGGAUACAUCCCUCUCCUCACCAAUGUUUGUCAGCACGUUGAUCUUGAGUCAGAAUUAUGAGAAAUAUUUUUUCAUUAUGUAUGAAUGAUCUGGUCUUAGGUAUUUAGUUGUUGCAACACACACACACAAACAUGACAAUAGAAUUAUACUGUACUGGUUCAACAGUAACGCUGGAUAUUGACUGAGACAAUUUUCUCAUUUCUUAUCAACUGUAGGAACAGAGGUUAGCAACAGUGCUGUAAAUCAGGAAUGCUACUAGAGCAUGGGAUUGCUCCUGAUCACAAUGUGCUUGGUGUAUUAUAAAAUGUUAAACCAAGUCCGGAUACUGUGAGAAGAAAGGAUAUGAAGUUGACAACAGGGGUGGACUCUCAGAGUUAAUCGAACCCCAGCCAGCUAUGUGACUGCUAAAGAAAUCACUUCACUUAGAUAGCUUUCACUUUCUUUUUGAGUUAAAUCAAAGAAUCAAAUUGAUUGUCUGCUCUCAGGGGGUCUCCCGCCAAGUGAAUGAUGCUUUCCACUCUGCCUUUGGAGACAGGAAGAGUCUCCCCUCCUUCCCCAAAGGUACAGGUGAGUGAUCAGAUUGUGAUGCAUACUGGGUAAAAAAAAACACACACACACACACACAUACACACACAAAAACCCAGUCCAGUUCUGAUUAUGCUUUAGACUCAGAGGACCUUCAGUGCUACUAGGAGGGGUCACCAUCCCCACCUUGCAAUUCUGAAAGACUUGUAAACAAAUACACACAAGGUCUGAAAAAGCCAGAUAUUUUAAUAACGGUUCACGGAUCGCUUAGCCAGAAAACACAUGCAAUUUUCCCUCAGCCAGACUAACUUGGCAUUCUGAAUACAGGCUCAGAGGGGAGGGGCUGGGCCUCUCCACGCAGGAACUGGAGUCAGAGGCUUCCCUUGCUGCCUGCAGGGAGAGACCAUUAAGAAUGCCUCUCAGUGCCUGGUUUCCUGAGGUAUCUGAGAGUAGACAGGCGACCUCGAGGAAUCUGAGCACAUCUCACCGGCAUUUCUGCAGGAAUCAGGAUGCAGGCCAAAUACAGCAGCACAAGGGACAUGCUCGAUGACGAUGACACCACCAUAAGCCUGUAUUCUGGAACAUCCACUGUCACCAGACGAGCAGAGCCCAGGCACUCAGAGAAUGGGACACCCUCUUCAGUUUGGCGCCCAGUGGCCCUGACCCUGCUGACCUUGUGUUUGGUGUUGCUCGUUGGCCUGGCAGCCCUGGGCCUUGUGUUUUUUCAGUUCUACCAGCUCUCCAAUACCCAGCAGGACAGCAUCACUGAAAAGGAUGAAAGGCUGGGGAACAUGUCCCGACAACUACAGUCCCUCCAGACCCAGAACAGAAAACUCACUGAAACUCUGCAGCAGGUAGCCGUAAAACUGUGUCGUGAACUUUACAACAAAAGUGGAGGACAUAGAUGCAGUCCUUGCCCAGAAAAAUGGAAGUGGCAUGGGAACAAAUGUUAUCAGUUCUACAAAGAAAGUAAAACCUGGCAAAGCUGUGAAUACUUCUGCCUGGCUGACAAUGCCACCAUGCUGAAGAUAAGCACUCAGGAAGAGCUGGGCUCUCCCGCAAUGGCAGUGGCAAAGCCUGGCUGUGGACAGAUGGGACACCUUACUCCUUUGAACUGUUUGAGAUUAUAAUAGAUCCCACCAACCUAAGAAGCAGGGACUGCAUGACCAUCUUCAAUGGAAAGGCUUACUCUAAGGACUGCAAAGAGCUGAGGAGGUGUGCCUGUGAGAGGGUGGCAGGAAGAGUGGUCCCCGAGGAGCUCCAGUAGGGGACAUGAAGCACUGGAUAAAAGGGGCCAACAGGUCAGCUUCAACCACCAGCAAAAGGAUUGUCAAGGGAGGGCAACGUGAAGGAGAUUCAAAGCUUUGGGAAACAGAGAGGCAGCUGCUGGGCCUGGUAUAUGAGAGGUUCUCCUGGUUCCAGCUCAGCAUUAUCCAGGCCUGGGCUUUACUUCUUGCCCACAUUUUCCAAGCACAAAAAGUCUUACUUGUGAACCACCUAGCCCCAGGAAGCCAUAGAGUUGUCCUUUUCGAUUUACAGAAGAUUUUCAGCUUUUUCCCUUCUCAGGGUCUGUUAUUAGCCUCUGCUUCAUGUCUCUCUUAUUCUUGGAAAAGUGAGAAAUAUAAGAAAAUAGAAGGGUUGAUACAAAGAGCACAAACUGGGUGUGCUGGUAUCCACACAAGUAUUGGUCACAGCACUUGGAAGGAGGAGAAAGACAUGAGAAGUUCAAGGCCAGCCUCAGAUACAUAGUUGAAGGCCAUCCUAGGCUACAUGAUACAUCUUCUCAAGUAACAGGGAAAUAAAGGAACAAAAGAACAAGAGAGAAAAAAAGAAGAAUUAAAACAGAAAUGUGAAAAAGCAAAGUGAAAAGAGAGAACAGAAGAAAAAGACUUGGCGUCCUUUAUCCUAACAGACAGUCCAAGAAAAGCUAGCAGAAGUCCCCACCCCUGUGCUGCUCUACACACAGACAAUUUUGUGUGUGUGCGUCCAGUUCACACUUGGCCUUUUCGAGGCUUUCAAAAGUGACUUCACCUGUUGCAUCCGUGUCCAGCUUUCCAGCUGAUACAGUUCACACUAUGUCAAUCACCACUCCAUCAAAUGUGUCUUUCCCUAAACCCGUCUCCGAGGAAAGAGACAACUCUGAUCUAAAUUAGAAUUAAUAUCCCUGUACUCCCAAAGAGACAAAGCCUAGAAAACACGAUAACAAAACAAACAAACAACAAAUAUCAAAUAACAACAAAAUCUAAAACAGUCUCUGUAUAUGCACGGAUAAUAGUUCGAUUUCUUCUGCCAUCAUGUUUGAACAACGUUUAUACCUUUCAGGUACUGAAUGUUUAAUAAUAAUAUGUGUAAAUAAUGUGAAACGGGUGAGGUUCUAGAGUGGGUUUGUGAUUUGGGAGGGGAGUAUCAACAAAGGAAUCCUUUUCAUAAUAUGGAAACAAUCACUUCUUGACUGCUUGUGCAUUGACAAUUGGUAGGGCCACUCUAAAGAUAUUGUUUAUGACAUUACUUAAGUAUAAGAAAGUUUUCAAAGCAUAUUGUCUUCAAGAGGAUGACCUUACAAUAUUCCUAAAGUGAAAUGUUUGAGGCAAAAUCAGGACAAUGAGCUUGGUAUGUUGACUAACGGAGUUGGGGGAGAGGCACAAUUUCUCAACAGGCGUGGGAUGAGAAAGAGAAGCUGUGACAUCUGCACAGCCAGACUCUUGACUAGACAUAAGUUUCUCUGGGUGGUGACAUUCAAAGCCACAACAGGGUCUUUGUUCAUAGCACCAUGCCAAGUGGUUUCAUUGCUGUAACAUUCAGGGGUUGGAAGUACCAACAAUAGAUUUUUCACACUCUAAAUUUUCAAUAAUAAAAGUUGGGAAACAUCUAUUUCAUGAUGAAAUUACAAUUAAAUUAGCUCUUUGUUAUGAAAAACAAUUCCAUAUUUAUUUUCAUAAGACUUAAUUUUAUUACUGUCAUUUAUCUAGACAUUACUGGGAGGCUACUUGAGUUUUCUUUUAGAUUUCCGUCAUGUUUGCUAGGGUAGGACUUCAAUAUUGAAUUAUAUGCAGGUUUCCUGGGUCAAGCAAACAGAAUAUUUUUAAAACCGUAUAUUGGCGGUUUUAAAAUGGAGGAUUUGGGUCCUUCUUGUUUUGGUUUGUUUAUUGAGCCAAUCACCCCAUGUCAUGUAGCUUACUAAAAUGUGGGAAUAUUUAUAGUCUCCCUAUGAGAUUACUUAAAAUUAGGUGUGAAGUUAGUCUCAUGAUGUAGGUUGCAAUAUAAAAUGUUUUGGAAAUUAAGAAAAUAUUCUAAAUGUUUUAGUGAUUCUUUAACUAUAGGGGAACCCAAAGGCAGCAUCUGUAUUCAUUAAAGAGAAAAAGUAUUCUCAAAUAUUUUCCGUAAUUAACAAAAUAAUGCCUGUUGCUUCUGUUUGGUUAAAUUGUCUAAUACAGUAUUUCAAAAUAUGGAAUAAAGAUCAAGUCCAUCACUAGGCAAUUGUUAUGUAAACCUACUUCAGAAGGAACCAGUAGUCAGCAAGAGAAAGCCAGUUACUUUUUGUACUUGUAAAAGAGGGUCAUGGUUCUCAUUUAUGCUUUGACUCCUGGCAUUCUAGGCUCUGGGAGGGUGACAUGUGUCUCUCUACCAUUAGCUAUCUAAAGGGUGAAAAGCAUUCCCAUUUGCAAUCUGAGACCUCAGCAAACUGCCAUUUCAGGUGGAAAAAGAGAAAAAUAGUAUUUAUUUGAUAUAUUUUCUUUCCUUGAGACUAUCCUUCGCCAUUAUCCAUAACUCCCCUUCCUGUAUCCAAACCCCACACUAUUGAUAACACCAUAGGCAAGCAUUUCAAAAAAUGAGAACAGGGGAUAUGGUCCAAUAUUGCCUCCAGAACACUUAAAAACAUAAGAAGUGAUUGUAAAAUGAAUUUUAGAGAAGGCUUUCUGUUAAUAAAAGAUGGAAAGUACAUGAACUGGCUCUCCCAGGACGAGAAGAACGUGAAGACGUUUUAAUAGUCUCUGCUGUGUAGGUAAUUGAGAUGAAAAACUGCAGGAAGAGUCAAACAGAGAACAUGGCCUUUCCCAGAGAAUGAGCUCCCUCGGGUACACAAUGAGCUAUUUCUUUUCCUGAGGAUAUUGAGCACUCUCAGGACUUAUCAGCAGGAAGCAGGUCAGGAGCCCAGUGACAGCAGGAAGUUUGAGGAGGGCAAGAGGCAGCUUUUACGUGGGGAAUACAAAUAGAUUACAAACAUGGCACAAUGGUUGAGUGGUCGUCCUGUGACCAGCCUUAAUGUUUGGGAGUCAAGUGCCUUUUUUUUUGAAAGAUACAAAAUAAUAUAAAACAAAAUAAAAAUGCCACGUGACUUAAGAUAGACAAAAUCCACUCUAUGAAUAGAUCUUUAGAGUCUAACGCCAAUCGUAUCAUUCUAUCAAUAUUAUUAUUUCAGUAUUUUAUUGUUGUGUUUAGUGUGCAGUACUGUGUAUCUGUUUUCAAGUGUAGAGGAAUUUUAUUAUUUUUCUCUUUUUAAAAAGUUCACUUAGUGAGAUGGAUUAAAAGCACCUAAUUCAUCAUUGGUAGGAUUAGGACAUUACACUGAUCCUCUUGUGGCUAAUUACUGGACAGGUAUCCUGGAUCACUGGCAACCUGCAGUGAGACCUCUCCCAACUGCUCCGUCUGUGUAAGUGCAGCAUGGCUGCCUGGGACACUGUAGGCAAUUGUGUUAGCUGCACUGUGCAUACAUCUCUGGCUGGUAAACGCAGCACCCUAUAUACAGGGUGGAUAACAUCAGCUGCAGGAUGUUUGCGUUCGGUUCCCUUGUACUUUUUUUUUUCUCGAAGAAUUGUCCGUGCUUCCCAUCCUCUCUCUAAACAUAGCUGGAUGACAAGCCUUUGAAGAAGCUCAGAGACAAACAGUCUUCAACGUUAAAAAUCACCAUUGUUCCUCCGUUUUCCAGAUUGGUAUAUUUAGCUACCAGCUGCCAGCUGUGCAAACCAAACAGCCUACAACUUUCACAGUCUGUGGACUCUUUACUCUCCCAGGAUCAGCAGAAAGCUAAAGAAAUUUCUUCUCCUUUUUCUGAGAGAGAGAGAGAGAGAGAGAGAGAGAGAGAGAGAGAGAGAGAGAGAGCAUGUGUGUAUGUGUGUGCAUGUAUGUAUUGCUUCCACCUUUUAAACACCUCAUCAAGGUAAAUAAACAAAACCAAGACAAAGACAUGAUCAUCUCAUUGCGACAAGACCAUAGCCACUGAGAAAUGACCUUCAAGUCAAAGGAAACUUAGUUUCCUUAAAUAAUUUCUGCUGCUUCUUUGGUUAAUUAGGUAUCAUCAUCAUCUUCAUCAUCAUUGUCUUCGUCAUUAUCAUCAUCUUUCUCUUCUUCAUCAUCAUUACUAUUCUUAUUUAUCUAAGUUAUGCCUUUUUAAUGUGAAGGGAAUGAUAAAAAUGUACUUCUCAGCUUCUUUUUCUCAAAAUAAAAGAUUAAAUACAAUCA